AAUAUGGAGAGUAUCGAUCAAUAAAUUAGUAAAAUUUUUUUCUAUUUCGCAAUCAAGAAUUUCACUAAGCGCUUUCUUAUUUUUAGCUGUGAGACACUGUAUAUAUUUAGCUUAUUUGUUCAGUUUACUUAGCUGUAAUUCCACUGAACAUUGAGAUAUAUCCGGAUUUAUAGUGCGUUUUAUAAGAAAAACCGAUUAUUUUGAAAACUACUUCGCACUCUCACACCUUCGGCCGAGCUUCUAAAAAAUAACUCUGGCAUGGGUGUUUAUGAUUCAUUCGCACUCCUUUCGGCUCGUAAACGCCUAUGAACACCUCGGUGUUGGAUCGACCAGGAUUAAUAUUUUUUGAAACGCGGCCAAAGGCCGCCAAUAUAGAAAAGGAAUUCCACACGAAAAACUAAUAAAUACUGAUUUUGGGUGUAUAUUGGAAAAUGCGCUAUUUCAAGUAUGGCACUUCUACAGAGGUCUCAUAUAAAGAAUAACUAAAUACCAGAGAUCUUAAGGUUACUAAGCCAUAUUUUUGUUUACUUUCCCACGUAGAGGCUCAGGAACGUUCGAUUAAUAGCUAAUAGCUGAAAAUAAAGAACUGCGGUUAGCUUAUUACUUAUUAUUAGUAAUGGCCACGAGUUCUUCCCAAACACUUGCUCUUAAGAGAAAUUCCAGUGAACAGAACCAUUUCAUGGAGAAAUUAAUGGCGAAAAUAUGUAGCUUCUACGACGAGCAGUCUCUCAUCGAUGUGACAUUUAAAGUUCCAAACCCAACGGCUCUUGUACCCGCGCAUCGUUUGAUACUCGCAGCAGCGAGUCCUUACUUCGAGAACCUUUUCAAUGGCAAUCAAGGCACUAAUCCAGUCAUCGAGAUAAAUGAUAUCGAUAGCGAUAUUUUUGAGCAUCUAAUAACCUUUUGUUACACCGGACAGGCCCUCAUUACCGUUAACAAUAUCGCUGCCAUGCUAAAUGCGGCAAUCGUUUUGCAAUUGGACGUUGCCAUAACCAGUAUUGUAGACUAUCUCAUGACACAUAUGGAUGAAUACACUUUACAGGGUGCUUAUACGCUGGGGCGUGAAACGCAUUGUGAAUAUCUUAAGCAGAAAAUCAUCGAAUACGAAACACAGAACUUCAUGGAGAUCAGCCAAAGCGAUGAGUUUUUAAAUUUUGAUGUAGAAAAAUUGCAACGUAUUCUGGUAUCUGACAAUUUGAAUAUAACCCGUGAGGAAGAUGCCUACGAUGCCAUACAACGCUGGUACAAUUACGAUGCUCCUGCGCGUCAAGAGCAACUGCCACUUUUAAUAGCUUGUCUCCGUCUUACCCAAUUCAAUAUGGACUUUCUGAUGACACACAUACAGCCGUUACCUGGAUGUGAGCUACUGGCCUUCAAGGCGUUAUCGUGGAUCGGAGUGCCUACAGCACGGCCAAUGAUAAAUAUGCGAUUUACAGAACCACGUGGGAUCAGCGGUGAGAAAACAAUGCUAGCAGUGUAUCCCAAGCUGCUGCAAUAUUACAAAAUUGAGGAUGAGUGGCAGGAAUAUGCGAGUAUAGAAAUCGGUUACGGAGGGUAUAGAACUAUUUUAAAGGAUGAUAAUUUAUUAUUUGUUGGCGGUGGUUACACAUAUAACAUCGUCCGCAGCUGGAAUAUACGAAAUAAGACAUGGCAAUAUUUACCCGCCAUGAACCAAGCAAGAAGGGAUCACUGCGUUGUCGAAUUAGAUGGUAAAAUAUACGCGAUUGGAGGUUAUGGAGAUUAUGUUCUGUCGUCGGUGGAAAGAUAUACGACUUCUGAUGGUUGGAAGUUCGUGAACAGCUUAAUUGUUGGACGAUCUGACGCAGGUGCAGUGACAUUAAAUGGUAAAAUUUAUAUAAUGGGCGGUAAUAAUGGCAAUGGGGAUUUAAAAUCCGUCGAAUGCUACAAUCCGGAUUCGAAUACUUGGACUUCUUGCGCGGAUAUGACAAAAUGUCACAUUUUACCUGGUAUAGCUGCACAUGAAGGACACAUUUAUGUUUUAGGCAGUGGGGAUGAUUUCACCCACAGUGUUACUGUUGAACGAUAUGAUCCUGAGCAAGACACAUGGUCACAGAUUUGCUCUUUGGGAAUGGGCGGUGGUUAUAGAGCUUGCAUAUCACUAGACAAUAAACUAUGGGCUAUUGGUUCUAAUUUAUUUUACAAGUCAUGUGUAUCAGUCUUUGAUGAAGAAAACUUCUGUUGGAUAGAAGGGUGCUCAUUACUCGAAAGAAAAGUGCGUAACUGUUUUGUUGUGCCUGAAUCCUUGCUGUCGUCGAUAUGAAUAAAUAAUGUAAUU